AUGGCUACCAAACAAGAUAAGAAGAAGAGUACUUAUUAUGUGGAUCAAACGGAUGCUGCCUGUGACAAUAUGGAUGAAAAUGAAGAUGGUGAAAUCAAAGAAGCCGUGGAUCAAACAGAUGCCGUUCGAGAAUAUAAAACAGACGAUGCCUGGGAUGAAGAAGACUGCUGUUCGAGACGUUACCUGUUCUGCCAUCAUCCCGAAAUGCACCACGUCUACACGCGGAUGCAGACAUUUGGGUGGUGGCCAAUACAGUUACACCAGAAACCGAGGGAACUCGCCAAGGCGGGUUUUUAUUACACGGGAGAUCACGAUGCCGUCGUCUGUUACUGUUGCGGGCUACGAGCCUACCAAUGGCAGAGAAUGGACGACCCGGUGAUGGAACAUUACAGACUUUCUCCGAGAUGUCCCUAUGUGAACAAUGUGUUCAGAUGCAUUUGA